UUUGCUCGAGCUAGAGUUCAAGAAAAAACAGCGAGUUGAAAUGCCCUCGUUUCACUUGCAUGUGUGCAUAGGACAAUAAAGAACAACUCAAAGAACGCCAGAUUAUUUCCAAUAUGAAGCAAACUGGGAGUACAGAAAGAAUGACCACUACAGAGAUGAACACAAGCACAUAUUUUAACUACUAUGACACAGAGCCUUGCUAUGCUGAGAAUGAGUUGAACCCGACAAUCAUGGUGGCCAUCUUCUACCUGGUCUUUGCCCUCGGACUUCUGGGUAACAGCACUAUACUGUGGAUGUUACUGAAGAUCAUGCGCAUAAAGACCAUGACCGACGUGUGCCUGCUGAACCUGGCAAUUUCCGACCUGAUCACAGUGUUUUCGCUGCCCUCAUGGGCACUUUACAACAAGGGCCAUUUAUCUGAAGCUAAUGCCAUGUGCAAACUCAUGGUCGGUACCUAUCAACUGGGCUUCUACAGCAGUAUACUUUUCGUGACGCUCAUGAGCAUUGACCGCUAUUUGGCCAUUGUCCACGCAGUGGCAUCAUUAGGAGCACGGACUUUGCGUUACGCCGUCAUAGCCAGCAGUGUCAUUUGGACCAUCUCCUUCUGCGCUGCACUCCCAGGCGCCCUUUUCCACAACAUGAUCAAAGAUACGGAGAACAACACACAGUGUGAUUGGGAUAUCAAAGAUGGAUCGGUCAAGAAUUGGAAACUGUUCCUGAAUUUCAGCCAAAAUACAUUAGGACUCUUCAUCUCUCUGCCAGUCACAAUCUACUGCUACAUCAGGAUCCUGCUGGUGCUCAGGAGGACAAAGAACUCCAAGCGAGGACGAGCCAUAAAGCUGAUUUUUGCCAUCGUCAUCGUCUUUGUGAUCUUCUGGGUGCCGUACAACGUGGCUGUGCUUUUAAAGUCCCUGCAGGACUUAGAAGUUGGCGAUUCAUGUGAGAACAGCCAGCACGUACAAACCGCCCUGUCUGUGACCGAGAUCAUUGCAUUAGCCCACUGCUGCAUCAAUCCUGUGAUCUACGCUUUCGUUGGGGAAAAAUUCCGGAAAUGUUUAGCUAGAGAGUUUUCAAAAUGGCUGCUUUGCUUAAAGAUUUACAAACCAGCAUCGAUGCAUUCCAAAACUUCUGAAAACGAAACAUCCAACACGCCUAUAUAGGAGAACAGUUUCCAAACUCUGUCUGUAUAUAUUCCAGAAUCCUAAAUUCAAGAAUAUGUGCAUACUUUUUUGUUCUAAACAAUUUACUACUGUAUAUUAGUGUGAGGGAGGCACGGUGGUUUGCACGUUGUGGUUUAGUGACCAUAGUCCUUAGUGGUUUGCACGUUACCUUCACACCUCCAGGGUUGGGGGUUCGAUUCCCACCUCCACUGCUUUCUGCGUUUGCGUCUUGGGUUACUUGUUUCCUGCCGACCUUCCAAAAACACACCCUAAGAGAUGGACAGAUUUCUAAUUAAGGGUGUCUCUUCCCAGAAUACACGCUAUAUAUACCAGAAUAACGCAGUUACUAAAAAGGAUUGAAAGCUUCCAUGUUUGGAAAUACUGUACUUUACUAUAUUAAUAUUAAAUGUGUUAUAUUAAUAAUACCCAAGUCAUAGGAGGACUAACAAGCAAUGGUUUUGAUUGUCUUUGGUAUUAAGAAAAACUGUAACAACAAACACAUUCACUGAAUACAAAUAAAAAAAGACAAAUACAUUCAUGAAACAUCUUGUAAACUGAAAAUGCUAUUAGGAAUAAAAUAUUACAUUAGCGAUGACGUUAGUCAUCUAAAUUUAAUUAUAUUAUGAUGUAAGCCUUCGAUACAACAUAAUAUAGAUUAAGGUUUAACAUUCGGUGAUUUGGCAUCAUUGUUAUAUGAAUAAUGUGUAUGAACAAUAUUAACUAUGCAAAACUAAAUUAAUAUAUCACUUAAUUGGCCAGGAAAGUACAGUACUGCAUUGUUGCAGUGUCAUGAUUUAAUUAUCAAGAUGCACACUUUAACCAAUCCUUACAACAAGCCACAAAGGCAUGUGUUUUGUAAGACAUGCUGUAGAGCAUGAGACUGUAAGGACCGGAUUUCCUGCUUAUGACUUUUUGUUCUUACAAGAAAACCUUGGUGGUGUGAGUGUAACAAACUAAUGAAGGGGGAGACUGACAGAAAAAGCUAAAAUCUGUAUUACGCAUGUAUGUACGUCUGGUCUGUUACGUUUUGUAACAUAAUAAAAUUGUCAGUUUGUAAAUGGAACACCGCUGUAAGCGAUUUCAUCAGCUGGUUCUUUCUGUGUUACAUGUGUGUGAGAUGCUAUUCAUCAAUCACAACCGUCCACAGCGGCUUUGUAAGGUGCUAAACAAGAUAAUGACUGCAUGCAUCCAACCCACAAAUGUACAUUGAAACAACACACAGUAAAACAUGAAUGAACUGCGUUCGUCAAUGAAGACCGAGCACUUCACAUACUGUACAAGACGCUUUUGUUUUCCUUUCAAAUUUGGGCAGAGCUUUGGAUAAAAGCACAUACGAUUUAAAACAAAGAAUACAAGCGUGCAUUUAGAGAAUCAGGUCGUCUAUACUAUUAAAAAUGAUCUUUAUUUCACAGGACUUCAGGAAACAGGUCAUACAAAUAUCGUCUGGUAGCAGGUUUAGGUUUUGAUUUAUGCUAAAUGCAACUUAAUGUCAUCAUGCAGUGGGUGCACAAGGAACAUCCCAGGCAACUGCAUUUGUCAGUCGAGUCGAGAACUAACCAAAAGCAUAAAAGAUUAACCAGAUUAAAGACAACAAUUCUAAGCAAAUUCAUGAUUUUAGAUCGAACAUUAGUUCAUUUCAUUAACUAAACAGAACCUUGAACACAGAUACAUUUGCAAUAAAAGAUCAGCCAACUUAAA